AUGGGCAUCAAGAGACAUCCUCUCCUGUUACAGCCAGUUACCUCGAAACAGAACUUGUUUCAGGUUUCCCCACAAGAGAUUGUAUUUCAGAAUUUCCUCGUUCAUCAGGUCUCUGAAAUGAUACUGUAUCUCGUGAAUAUGGACAAGUCUCCUCGGUUGGUGAGGGUCACCAUGGAGAACUCACCUCAUUUCCGGCUGGUGGGCUCCAAUGAUGCGUACCACAGAGUGCCGGCAGGCGCGUAUCACACCGUGCGCAUCCACUUCACCCCUGACAAGGACAAGGAUUAUUCCCAUGAGCUCUCCUGCACCAGUGGAAAGGAAAGGAUAGUUGUGCCAGUUCGGGCCAUUGGUGGCCGACCUAUCCUGCACUUGCCUGACCAGCUGGACUUCCCAGUCUGUAUAGUCAAACGCAGCAGUGAGAAGACUCUGCUGGUUCAAAACACUGGAAACCUGGAAGCUCAUUACGAGAUGAGCACCAAGAGCCCUUUCUCCGUGGUUCCGGCCAGGGGGACUCUGGGCAUUGGCGAAACCAUGCAGGUGACAGUGAAAUAUCAGCCGCUGACGACCGGUGACCAUGACGUACCCCUGGUAGUGCGCUACGGCACAGAUGAAACUAUCCAGACAAAGCUUCAUGGAGAAGCUAUAGAUCUCAACAUUGGCUUGAGAACAUACUCCGUGGAGCUUGAGAAGACUUACAUCACCAUGUCGUGCCACACAACUGUGUUCAUCGAAAACAGGAGUAACACCACAGCCCACUUCCAGUGGAAGACUUAUCCUAAUGAGGAAGAAGAGAAUCAAAGGAGGAUGAGGCUGUGUUAUUUGCUUAGUCCGGAGGAAGGGGUCUGGCUGGAAAAUUUACUGGAGGAGAAAAGAAUAAUGGAGGAGCGGGGCACUUGUGAAGAUCGCACUGCCAGGCUGAGUGACAUAGUCGAUGAGGAGAUGGCAAAGGUGCAACAAGACCCCAUACUGUUCUUCAAUAACUUUUUUUCCAUUGAACCACUGGAGGGAGAGAUCGGGCCAAAUUGUUCGGCCAAAAUCAAGGUGACCUUUAAACCCCAAGAAGCGCUAGAGUAUCGAAGUGUGGCUUACUGCAACAUCUCAGGCCGUGAGACCAGGCUGCCCCUGAAGCUCAGAGGGGAAGGCAAAGGACCCUGGGUUGAACUCAGCUAUCAUACACUGAACCUUGGGAAGAUUUACGUCAACACACCCCACGCCUAUGAGGUGGAUCUGAUUAACAAGGGCCCUAUUGAUGCUCCCUUCACCUUCGUGCCUCCAACCGCACACGUGGCCAACUGCUUCGAGUUUGAGCCCAGGAAGGGCAUCAUUGCGCCAGGCGAGAGACAGACUAUUCAGAUCUCCUUCAAAGCCACCGUAUUGGGGAUGUUUGAUGAAGAAUUCCAGUUCAGUGUGGCUGGAUCUCCUAUGCCUGCAGCACUGAGAAUCAAGGGGUGCAUCGAUGGACCGAAUUUACACUCGGACGUCAAAGAGAUUGACUUUGGUGACAUCGCCUUUGGUGUUCCCUACACCAAGAACUUUCACCUCACUAACACCUCCCCAGUGUCCCUGACGUUCAAGCUCCGCAUGUCGGACGAUGGUUCAGGGCCUGUUGUUACCUGCCAUGAUCAAAUGCGCAACAAUACGGACCCAUCCUGGAGGAAGGGAAUUCAUUCCUAUGUGGAGCCAAAGGAGUUUACAUUGACUCCCAGCCAAGGGACCAUCCUCCCCCAGGGACACCAGGAUAUUGAGGUGACCCUGUGUUCCAACACCGUGAUGGAAUACUACCGGCGUAUCCUGGUGGACGUGGAGGGCGCUGGCGAGAAGGUGUUGUCACUGACCGUCAUGGGCAGAUGCAUCGUUCCUAAGCUGAAAGCGUACCCCUACAUCCUGUGCUACGAUGAGUGCCAUCUGAAGGAGCCGUACGAGAAGAAGUUCCUCAUUGUGAAUAACAGCCACAUUGCUGCCUGCUACGGGCUUAUUGCCCAGAAACGCAAGGAAGAUACUCCUGUGUUCUACUCCAGCUCCAAACCCUGUGGGAUAGUCCAGCCUUUCAGCACAGCAGAGAUUCCAGUUACAAUUGAAGCCCAAAAAUUGGGCAAGUAUGACACCAAUGUCCUUAUUGGCGUGUUCGGGGAUGAAGGAAACCCGCUGAGACACGUUUUACGGUGCACUGGAACGUGGGCAGGUAUCUACCCAAGUCCAAGACUGAUAGAAUUUGGCAAGAUCCCAGCACUACAUCAUAAUACACAAACCUUGGAGCUCGUCAAUGAGGGUUUAGUCCCUGCAGAAUUCAGGAUGGAGGUCACUCACAAACCCAACGUCUUCACUGUUGAUCCCAGUAAAGGAGUGAUCCCCCCUAAGACUGAGAUUAUUGUGACUGUCACAGCAAUCCCGGAUGACACCGGGCUUUUUGCUGACGUAGUGGAGCUGUUCAUUGGCGACAGCCCUUGGACCACCUUCUCGAUCACAGCUGAGGGCAUUGGCACAACUAUUGUAACAGAUAAACCAUUCCCCCCAGAGAUCAACUUGGGAUACCAAUUCAGCUUCAUUCCCUGCUUUCGUUGGUUCAAAUUCACAAACGGGGGCUACCAUUUCCAUCAGCUCCACUGGACCGUGGAAUGUUACAGACCACCUGAGGAGGAGGGCCAGAGCCUCACAUCUGUCAGUAGCUCCAGGGACGAAGAGGAUUCCCAGAGCCCCAAACAUACCCCACUGUUUCAGCUGCAGCCACGGUCAAUGGAGCUGCAGCCAGGCGAGUCAGCUCACAUGGUGGUGCAAGGCUUCUCCAGCGUUCCGCAGGUGGUGCAGAAUUACGUGCUGUGUGAAGCCAUCAUUGGGGAAAGCACAACCGCAGAGCCAAUAAUAGAAACAGUCCUUACCUGCGAGUUUAUUGAUCCCUCUAUAGAAGUAUCAGCCAAAGAAUUAUUUUUCCGAGUGGAGAAGAAACCCAGCGAUGUCCUGACUCUGCAGUACCAGCUUUUGUCUUUAAAAAACACCUGCGCCCUGCCACUCGACCUUAUGCUGUCCUUGGAGCAGCCGUUCAUGGUCUGCAAUGUGGACCGGCAGCCCCUCCCAUUUGGCCAGCCUGUGACAGUGUAUGCAGGGGAGACCAGUCAUCUCUACAUUGCAUUUGACCCAGCUUAUGAACUGGAUUUUCAUAGCUGGAAAGAAGAGAAGGUUCUGACAAUAGACAUGGUCAGAGGCCAUCCUUACAAGGAGUAUAUCACCCUUCGGGGAGAAGUCCACUUCCCGAAUCUCCUUAUCCAGCCCAGCACCCUGGAGUUUGGCUGCAUCAAAGCCGGCACUGAAAAAGUGCUUUCUCUGGAAAUAACCAACAACAGCCCACUUUGUGUCAAGUACCACUGGUCAUUCCAUGAGGACAGCCAGGUGAACAAGUUGAGAUAUGAGCCUUACCCACCUAAAUUCCAACCCCACCCACCAACGGAGAAGAGAACCUGUUUGGAUUGCUUGACACCUCAACACAGACGCUUCAGGAUUAGAAAUGUGGAGGUGCCAUCCCCAACCAUUGAAGAAUUAGAGCGUCUUGCCAGACAGGAAGGACUUAUAGGACCAGAGGUGCCGUCAUAUACUCGUGGACACUCUUACGUCCCCCUAGGACUGGGGGCAUUCAGACACUCCAUUGAUCUAAACUACAGUCCCAUCCCAGUGGACCAGGCUUUCACGAUCCUGCCGCUGUUGGGUGAACUGCAGCCGGGAGAGAGCCAGCAGGUCACCUUCAGCUUCUCUGGCCACCUCAACAGCAUCGCCUGUGUCACGGCACUGUGCAAUGUGGAGGGAGGCCCCACCUAUGAUGUGGAGCUGACUGGGGAGGCCUCACGCAUCCACUACUCCCUGAGUGUCCGGGAGAUCAACUGCGGGGUCCAGAUGUUUAAUGAAAUUCAUCAUAGCAAGGUCAUCCUGACGAACACAGGCAAAAUGGCAUUCGACUGGGUGUUAAACCCCAGCACUGCCACUGCAGACCAAGCUCUGGAUGGAGUGUUUACGGUCAAACCCACCAGUGGUUCCAUUGGGUGUGGUGAGAGGAAAGAGCUGACAUUCUCCUACCUCCCAGGAUUACCAGGAGCCUUCUGCAGGACUUACGAACUUAAAGUGGCUGACCUGGACCCAGAAAAUAUCUACCUGAAAGGAAAAGCAGUUUUUCCCAUUACCAGUAUCAACCUGCCCUGGAACAUCAAAGGAAAUGAAAAAUAUGAGAAGGCACUGGAAGAGCUCGUUAAAAACGUGCAACAAUGCAGGGAAAAAGAUAAAUCACUUAUUUGGGAGAAGGCUGAGACCCUGAAGGCUGAGACCCUGGCUAUUCAGAACAUGAAGUCACACAUGCUUGGCUCGGACACUGUAUGGGACCCUUGGAUGCAAAAAAAGCUGGUGAAGAAGCUGAUAAGGCAGGCUGCUCUGGAGCGGCAGAGAAUUCACACCGGGAAGUUGUUCCCUGGCAAGGAGCUGCGCCAGAAUCUUGUCAACAUUGAGCUGCCUGAGUACAUCCUGGACAUGGGCACCAUCCUUAAGGGCUACACUGAGAAACGCACUGUGGAGAUCAGCAACCCCGGGCCGAUGGAAGUGUCCUUCCAAGUCGAUCAGUCUGUCCUGCAGGACACAGGUUUCACAGUGAACCUGGAGGAGGUGACGUACCUGUCCCAGAGAUACGCCAUGUCCUUUGAAGUGUGCUUUGAAAGUGCCCGCCAGCCAGUGGGAGAAGUGGAUGUGGUGCUGCCCAUCAUGGUAACAGAAGGCCCCACGUGUCACAUCCACCUCCGUGCCAAAGUGUUUGGACAGUCACUCAACCUCUCCAAGAACAGAUUUCAGUUCCAUGAUACCAUCGUUGGACAGUGCCAGGUUGAGACAGUCCGGCUCUACAACUGGUUCCGAGUGCCCUGUGAAUGGUUCAUUUCUGAGGUCAAGCCUAAGAAAAAACCCUUUAUACCGCCCAUACGUCCGAAGCUGAAGGACAGGCCGAAGAAGACUAAGGAGGAGGAUCCCUGUCCUUUCGAAGUGAUGCCCUCCAGAGGAAUCAUUGGUCCAGGAAAGUGGCAGAACCUGGAAAUCCAGUUUGCACCCAAGGAAGAGAGGUCUUACAGGAAUGAGAUGAAGGUUAACAUUUGUGGGAGCAGCAAUCACUUAAAGCUGUACCUCUCAGGACAAGGUCUGGAGUCACGGUUGGAGUUCAGUCCCCCAGCACUAAAGAUGGGAUGGGUGCUGGUGGGCAGCGAGGGGUUGGAGGCCACAGUGGUGGUGAAGAACCCAUGCAAGUUCCCCAUUGAGUUUUACUCCCUGGAUUUUGAUGAGCAGUACCUUGAGGAGGAGAAGAUUCUGCGGAGGGUGGCGGGGUCUGAGUACCCAAAGACCUUUUUGAUGCCUGCACGUGCUGUGGGUGAGACGCUGCCCCCAGAGGUGCUGGAGGACUACAAAGCACGUGAGAAGCUGAAGGCUCAACAGGCAGAGCUCAAGGCCGGGGCUGAGGCUGAGGCCGAUGCUGAGGCCCAGGCCAUGGGCAAGGCAGCACCAGCAACAAAAGAACAAGCUCAUGUUGCUUUCAGCAAGUCUCCUUUCCUGGGAUCUGAGGAGAUGGGGAGGAUGAUGAGGAUCAAAGCACAUCAAGGGACUGUCGCAUUCUGCCCAGAGCCCUUGGUGAAAGCAGCUGGGGAUCCUGUCUCUCGGGCUGUCAUGCGCCACAUGGACGUGGAGCCGUCUUCAGACGAAGCACAGCAGUGCAGAGGGAUUGUUGUCAUCGUCCAUGGGGCACCCCGGGCAGGAAAGUCAGCGGUAGCAGCAGCCCUGUGUUACUAUUACGACGCGGACUACUUGUCCAUAGACACCGUGGUGAAAGAGGCCAUCGCCGACGAUGGGAGUGAAGCUGGGCUCCAUGCCCGGGAGCUUUGCACCAAGGCUGCCAAGAAGCUGGAAGACGAAGAAAAAGGGAGUAAAAAGUCUAAGCUUGCUGUUCAGACCAAGAAAAAACAAGGGGAAAAAAUCAAGGGGAGCACCAAAGGCGAGAACCAAAAGAAGAAGGAGGCAGCCAGCACAUCCGAGAAAAUGGACCCCAAGCCUCUGAACAUCAUCAGCAGCAGCGGGGAAGAGCUGAACUGCCUGAGCUGUGUGCUGCCCGAGGACCUGCUGGUGGACAUCCUCUCUGAGAGGCUGAAGCACAAAGACUGCUACAAGGGAGUGAUCUUUGACGGCUUGGAGAGCCUCUUUGUAAGCAGCCUGGAAUCUUCUCUGCUCUGUGUGCUCAAAGCCGUCAAGAAUUGUCAUCAUAUCUACAUUGUGAACCUGCAUCAGGAUUAUGCUUCUUGCAAAGCCAGGGAGGAAGCUGAAAGAAAGAGGGAGGAAGCUGAAAGACAGGAGGAAGAGCGGCAGCAGAAUGAAGCUCUUGAGAGGAAAGUAAAACAUCUCUUGCUAAUGGAUGAGGAAGAAUAUGAUGCUCUCCCUGAGGAGAGGAAAGCUGAAAUGGAUAGAAUAAUCCUGGAAAGGAAGAAAAUACGGAGGGAGAGGGAGCUGAAGCAGCUGGCUCAAAAGCUUGAGGAGUCAAAAGACUUUGAGGAUGAAGAGGAGCUGGAGGAGGAAAAGGAAGAUGUCUCCUUGGUGAAGCAGCCUGCUAAACCACAGAAGGGGAAAACCAAAGACCCAGAGAAGAAGAUAACCAAAGACCCAGAGAAGAAGAUAACCAAAGACCCAGAGAAGAUAACCAAAGACCCAGAGAAGAAGAUAACCAAAGACCCAGAGAAGAAGAUAACCAAAGACCCAGAGAAGAUAACCAAAGACCCAGAGAAGAAGAUAACCAAAGACCCAGAGAAGAAGAUAACCAAAGACCCAGAGAAGAUAACCAAAGACCCAGAGAAGAAGAUAACCAAAGACCCAGAGAAGAUAACCAAAGACCCAGAGAAGAAGAUAACCAAAGACCCAGAGAAGAAGAUAACCAAAGACCCAGAGAAGAUAACCAAAGACCCAGAGAAGAAGAUAACCAAAGACCCAGAGAAGAAGAUAACCAAAGACCCAGAGAAGAAGGAAACCAAAAUCCCAGAGAGGGAGGAAACCAAAAUCCCAGAGAGGGAGGAAACCAAAACUCCGGAGAUGAAGAUAACCAACAUCUCAGAGAGGAAGGAAAUCAAAACUCCGGAGAUGAAGAUAACCAACAUCCCAGAGAGGAAGGAAAUCAAAACUCCGGAGAUGAAGAUAACCAACAUCCCCGAGAGGAAGGAAAUCAAAACUCCGGAGAUGAAGAUAACCAGCAUCCCAGAGAAGUGGAAAUACACAGCCCCAAGGAUGUGGGAAAUCAUAAUCCCAGACAAGGAGAACACCAAAGCCCCAGAGAAGGGGGAAACGGAAGCCCCAAAGAAGGGGGAAAUGGAAGCCCCAGAGAAGGGGGAAAUGGAAGCCCCAGAGAAGGAGGAAACCAAAAUCGCAGAUGCCGCAGCUGAGAUGGAGAAGAACUUGAUCCUGAGGUUUCAGAUCUAUGAGUCAUCGCAGCACAACAUCACACAGGUUUACUCCUACUGGAACAGGGUUGAGGGUACCCUGCAGUUACCUGAGAUCCAAAAGGAAAACAAGUCCCAGCCUUCAGCUGAACAAAAAGAUCAGAAGAAGACCAAUAAACCUCAAGAGAAGGUGGUGAAGAAGUCUGCACAAAAACGUGGAGGCCACAGGAGUCUUCAGUCAUCUCAGCUGGAGAGCCAAAGCGAAGUUGCAGAAGGGGCAGUCAGAGACAAGCAUGUCGGGGUGCCGUGCUUGGACAUCCAGGUCACAAAUAUGGAGGACAUAUGUAAGGAGAUCCUGCAGAGUGGGAGGCUGCCAACAGAAGACCAGCUGCUGAAACAUCUGGGACUGCAUCCCGACGGGCCUCCCCUUCCCCCUACUGCUGUUCUUUCCAUUGUUGACUACCCGGAGGAGCGGUCAGGCUCUGCGGAGGGUGUGAAGCUCUUCACCAUUGUUGCACCAGAAGGUGCUGCCGUGGAAGACAAUCUGACUGAGACCCCAGAUGCGAAGGGCAGUUCUGCCAAGGGCCAACCAAAGAUGGAUAAAGUGGCCAGCAAAGGCAAGUCUCCAGAGGAGAACCAAAUCUCCACACAGAGCCCAAAAAGUCCCCAGGAUCCCUCCACAAGACCCAGAAGUUCAUCUGAGGCGAAGAAAAGCAUGCUGCCAAGUGCCUCACUCCCCACAGAAUUCCUCAGGCUGAAGCGGUACCGGUGGAUAGUGCCUGCCGAGGCUGAGGUGGAACUGAAGGUCCACUUCUGCCCCACAAAGCCGGGGAAGUUUCAGCAGACACUGAGGUUUGAGCUUGUGGGAAUGAAACACCUGUACGAGCUGCCCUGCAGCGGCACUGGCCUGUACCCCAGCAUCAGCCAGAACCCACGGCUGGUGUUUCCACAGUGGAGGGAGACCAUAGAAGAUGAUGAAAUCGUCUUCAAGGAGUAUGUUGAGAGCACAAAUCAGUUCCACUUUGGACCGCUGCUGUGUGGGAAAUCACGAGAGUGGUACAAGGCCCAGAACUUUCCUGGCAACUGGGAGAAUAUAACCAUCCUCAACAUCUCCCCCAUGGAAGCAGAGGUCCACUUCUCCUUUGAGAAUGAUAAGGAAGGAGAGACGUUCCUUUUGGACCCUCCCAGCAUGACCCUGCAACCAAAGGAGAAGCAGGAGCUGACCAUUUGGGCGUACCCCACUUCUGCUGGCUUCCUGGAAGACAAACUCAUCUGCUGCAUUGAGAAGAACCCCAACCCAGUGGUCUUCAGCCUGUGCUGCCAUGGGGUGCUCGUGAAGCUGGAGGUCAUCCCCCAGGAGCUGUCUUUUGACAAGUUGCUUCUGCACAGCACUACCAGCAGGACCCUGGUCCUGAAAAACAACGCCCUACUGCCCAUGGCCUGGCGGCUCAAUGGGCUGGAUGACCUUGUUGAGAACUUCUCCUUGUCACAAGAUAAUGGCAUCAUUGAUCCCUGCUCAGAGUUUGAGGUGACACUGAAUUUCACGGCCAGGCAGAUUGGCAGCAUUGAGAAGACCCUCCGACUAGAGGUUUCAGAUGCAGAAAACAUCCUGGGGAUUGUUCAUGCUGAAAACAUUGAAAUGUCUGCAGAGGUCUAUGAUGUUUCUCUGAGCAUCGACAUGCCUGAAGGUCCAGAUGGAAGCUUGGAAUUUGGAACCAUUAAUGUCCAGGAUAAUGUGAAAAAAGUCCUGACUCUGAAGAACAAAGGGAUAUACAACAUAGAGUACAGUUUCACGCUGAAAGGUGCACGUCCCAGGAUGCGAGACUUGGUAUCUCACUUCAGUAUUGAGCCUCAGUCAGGCACGCUGAUUGCCUCCCAGCCUGGUGUGAAUGUUGAGAUACUCUUCCACCCCACAACUGAAAUCCUCCUCAAGAACAAACCCAUCCUAUACUGCCAGGUGAUAGAUGCCUGCUCGGGUGAAGGAGGCCAGAUUGUUGCCAACAUCCCAGUGAGGGUGUCGGCAAAAGCUGUGUACAGCAAGUACAGUAUUCAGCCUGCCUCGCCCAUCGACUUUGGUGCCAUAGUCAAGGGCACCAAGAAAACCCAGACUGUCAUGCUGGAGAACAAAGGCAUGCUCAACUUCAAAUUCCGCAUCCUCCAAGCACCCAAGGAUGCACCUGCAUUGGAAAGAGAAAGUUCAAAGCAAGGGGAAUCUGCUCUAUCGGCUCCAAAGCACUCAGUGGGAAGGAAAUCAAGCGCUGUGACACAGGGUCACCUCAGUCUUGGCAUGUUCACGGUGUCCCCUUGCUCCGGCUCCAUCGCUCCGUGGGGCCAGCAGAAGAUCACAGUGGAGUGCUUCGCAGGGCAGGAGGGGAUGUGUGAGGAGCACAUUUACUUUGACAUCACGAGCAGAGACCCCAUGGACAAUCCCCUCGGCAUUCCCUUUACCCUGACUGCCGAGUCCUGCCUCCCAGCACUUGUUGAGGACGUCACGUUAAUCUUUGAGGAGUACCCGAUCUGCAGGAGCACCAACCUCAGCCGCAAGCUGCGGUCGCUGAAAGGCAACGGCCUGUUCAUCAGAGAUGAGAACAAAUUCAUCUUCAACAAGGUUGUGGUUGGGCAACAGGCAGAAGCUCACUUCAAGAUCUACAGUGCAAGCAGUCUCUCAUGUGACGUGGUCCUCUCCAUCAAACCCCUGCGUGGAGAGGAUAAAAGCCCUAUCAACAACAUUUUCAAGUUGCGUCCAGUCAAGCUGUCUGUUCCCGGCUCAUCCUAUGCCGUUGCUACGGUGACCUUCACCCCACAAGAGGAGCAGAACUACGACUGCACCUUCAAGGCUUCCCUUGUCGUCCCGAAAAGCCCCGUGAAAAUUCAACCCCAACACCUGACCUUCACCAUCAGUGGGAAGGGGCAUGAGCCACAGGUGACAGUCGUGUGCCCAAGUGCUCGCAGCCGGAGGGGAAAUGCUGUGCUGCGCUUCAAGAGGCUCCAGCUGGGGGAUUCAGAGAUGCUGCCCCUGGUCUUCCGUAACAAUGGCAUCGUACCUGUCAAGUUUAUGGUACAUCUGGAGGAUGAGCAGGGAGCGUUCUUUAUGAAAGCCAGGAAAGCCACAUUCAAGAGAUUGCACACUGAAGAUGUGGAAGAGGACUCCAUUGAGAACGUGAGCAAGCACCCAAAGAAGCCUUUCCUGCUUCUGCAUCACGGGCAAGUGGCAGAGUUUGAUGUCAUUUUCAAACCCACCCUGGCUCAACAUCUGGAAGGGAGGAUUUGUGUGUCAGUGGUGAACAUCUACUCUAACAAGACCCAAAUAGAGCUGGUGGGUGAAGGCCACGAGGAUGAAUUCACCCUCGAUGGACUAGAGGAAGACACACAGGAGAGGAACGCUGAGAGCAGUGUGAAGAGAGACAUCAUUGAUGCUGUCAGAGUGAAUCACAUCCAGUUUGGGGACUGUCAUGUUGGGAAGCACUACUGCAGGACCUUCACCAUCACCAACCACACCCAUACGAAGGUCAUGCGCUUUGAGUGGGAGGCAGAUGCCCCAUUCCGGUUCUCCCCAAAGGUGGGACACCUCCCUCCUGGCUGUGCCAAGAGCAUCACAGUGACCUUGAAAUCAGAUAUCCCAGCCACCUUCAGGAGGCAUCUUGUGAAAUGUAAGGUGGCCGAGAUCAACUUUGAGCUGCCACAAACGAAGGUUGAGGACUGGGAUGACGGAAUGCGUGUUGUCACGUGGAAGGAUACCACCAGGAAACUCCCGGGAGCCAGGUGGCCUAUAAAAGAGAGGGUGCUCGAGACAGUCCCAGAACCAGCUCACACUGUGGUGAAGGAGAGCAGCCAUGAGGCCGAGGUGUAUCUCAGUGCCCUUGUUGCCUACGCCAAAUUUGAACUGAGCACAGCCGUGGUUCGGUUCAACGAUACCUUCCCCUUCCAGACAAGGACAGCCACUUUCACGAUGCACAACACAGGAAAGGUAGCCCUGGAAUACUCCUGGGAGAAAGUCAGAGAUAGUGAAGAAGAAGUGAUGAAGCCAUACUCAAAGACUCUGAUGGGCAAGUUCCUCUCCUCUGAUACUGUGAGGCAUCGCGGAAAACUGCUGCGUCAUUUCUGGAGGCAGCAGGAGCAUCCUUUUGAGAUGCAGCCCUCUGCGUUGCGGGAGCAACAGUGGCUUGCCAAGCUGCGUGCCGAGCCGCCGCAGCUGGAUUCCGAGGAGGAAUAUUCCGAGGAGAAGGAGCAGGAUUUCCUGGAGCAGCUGCAGCAGUAUUGCGAGCAGCUGCAGCUGGAUUUCGAGGAGGAGGAGGAGGAUUCUGAGGAGAAGGAGCAGGAUUUCCAAGAGCAGCUGCAGCAGGAUUCUGAGCAGCUGUUGGAGGAUUUGCAGGAGCAGCAGCAGCAAGAUUCCGAGCAGCUGUUGGAGGAUUUCCAGGAGCAGCAGCAGGAUUCCGAGCAGCUGCUGGAGGAUUUCCAGGAGCAGCAGCAGGAUACCGAGCAGCUGCUGGAGGAUUUCCAGGAGCAGCAGCAGGAUUCUGAGCAGCUGCUGGAGGCUCUCCAUAAGAAGAUCCAGGAGAAUUUCAAGAAGAUGCGGCAGAAUGAAGAGAAGUGGCAGCAGACUCUCCUGGAGCUGCGGCAGGAUUGCGAGGAGCCGCCAUUCCAGCGCGUGGAGUGGAACGUGGAUGCCAUGGACCGGGUGAUAGAGAUGUAUGAGGCAAUGCGGCUAUACUAUAGGGAGCACCGGGAAUCUCUUGCAGAGCAGCAGCUUUAUUUCGAUGAGCAGUGGCUGGAUAGGUGCCUGAGCGAGUACGAGGAAUUGUACCCGGAGCGGCAUAAGCCGCCGGAUUUCCAUACGGAGAUGCAGCGGAUGUUUCAGAAGCACUAUGAGAAUCUAGAGAAGCAGGAGCAGUAUUUUGGUGAGAAGAUAAUGCAGCAGUUUGAGGCGUACCGUAUUUACAAGAAGCGGCAGCACGAGAUCGCACAGGCACAGCAGGAGGCCGAGUACCAGCGGCACCAGCGGUACCAGCAGGAGCUGAACUAUUUCAAGCAUCUGCUGGAGAAGGGUGAAUUCAAGAAGCUUGUGGAAUACAUUAAUCAACAGCCAGAGGACUCAAAGAAGUGGCAGCAGGAGAUCACGCAGGCACAGCAGGAGGCUGAGUACCAGCGGCACCAGCGGUACCAGCAGGACCUGAACCAUUUCAAGCAGCUGCUGGAGCAGGGUGAAUUCAAGAAGCUUGUGGACUACAUUAAUCAACAGCCACAGGACUCGGAGCCGCAGCAGCAUUCUGAGGAGAAGCAGCUGGAUUCGAAGAAAAAGCGUUCCAAGAAGCGGCACCACUCCAAGGAACAGCACCCUUCUCAGCAGCAGCAGCCUUCCGAGGAGCAGAAGCAUUCCGAGAAGCGGCCUGGCUCCAAGGAACGGCACCCUUCUCAGCAGCAGCAGCCUUCCGAGGAGCAGAAGCAUUCCAAGAAGCGGCCUGGCUCCAAGGAACGGCACCCUUCUCAGCAGCAGCAGCAGCCUUCCGAGGAGCAGAAGCAUUCCAAGAAGCGGCCUGGCUCCAAGGAACGGCACCCUUCUCAGCAGCAGCAGCAGCCUUCUGAGGAGCAGAAGCAUUCCAAGAAGCGGCCUGGCUCCAAGGAACGGCACCCUUCUCAGCAGCAGCAGCAGCCUUCCAAGGAGCAGAAGCAUUCCAAGAAGCGGCCUGGCUCCAAGGAACGGCACCCUUCUCAGCAGCAGCAGCAGCCUUCCGAGGAGCAGAAGCAUUCCAAGAAGCGGCCUGGCUCCAAGGAACGGCACCCUUCUCAGCAGCAGCAGCAGCCUUCCGAGGAGCAGAAGCAUUCCAAGAAGCGGCCUGGCUCCAAGGAACGGCACCCUUCUCAGCAGCAGCAGCAGCCUUCCAAGCAGCAGGAGCAGCCUUCCGAGCAGCAGCAGUCCAAGCAGCAGAAGAAGCUACACUUGUCGAGGCAAAAGCACCUCUCUCUGCAGCGUGUUAGUUCCUCCCUGGAAAUCUUCCCAGAUCUCGUCCAUGACCUGUUCUCCAUCAACCCCUACCAGGGCACCAUCGCUCCUGGCCAGAAGCAGACCUUUCACGUGCUGUUCUCCCCGGAGUGCGCAGGGAAAUUUGAGACCACCCUGUUGUGCAGGAUUCCUAACCUGAAGCCGACUCAGAAGAAAGCACGGGUGAUUCUGAAAGGCAGAGCCCAGGAGCGGAAGAGUCCUGAUGAACCAAAACUCUCUGCAUUACAGCAGACAGAGAAGGGCCAAGGACUCAAGAAGCACGUGCACUGGAAACCAACGCCUGAGUGACAGCAUUUGUGUCAGCUGGAGCAUCCGGAAGGAGCCAGCAACAUCAUGUUUUCUGCUGCUGAUGGUCUCCCACCCUUCACCAGAGACCUCUGCAGCUACCCUUCCAAGCUCCAGUGAACAAACUUGUUACCUUUUUGACUACCUCAA